AUGCCAAUCACAAGAAAGAAGGGCAUCACUGUCUCUAUGUUCUCAAAGUUGGUCUCUUUCCGUGGCGUCGUAGUCACGUGCUCGACGUCCUUCCCGUACAUUCAAAUCGCUUACUUAUUAUUGCAGUCAUUAGCGGCCAUAAUAAGCAUAGACGCACACUAUCUAUCUAUCUAUCUAUCUAUCUAUCUAUCUAUGAAUCGAUAUAUCACAAUCUAUCUAUCUAUCUAUCUAUCUAUCUAUCUAUCUAUCUCAGUCUGUUCAUUAUCUAUCUAUCUAUCUAUCUAUCUAUCUAUCUAUCUAUCUAUCUAUCUAUCUAUCUAUAUCAGUGGCAAUUUUAAUUUCUUAACUUUCUUCUUCUCUUCUUGUUUUGUUGCGCUGUUACUUCCACACUUUCCUUCUCCUCUUCUUUCACUAUUUCCACUCUUUUCAUUCUUUCUCCAAAAGCUCCUCAUCCUCACCUUCUCUUUUACCCGGCUCAUGGGCAUGUCACGUUGA